GCUGCUGCUGCUCUGAUUUGAUUUGAAAUGUCCCUUCCCCUUUCGUUUUCCACAGCAUUUCCCUUCCUUGCUUUUCACUUGUUCGUUUAGGGGAAAAAAAUAAAAAGAACGAAGAAAAACCAGCCCAAAGAAACGUCUUCUGAAAUUCCGAGAAAGAGACCCUCCCUCGCCUUCAGUCCUCGCUCUUUGAUUCUCUCAAGCUCCCCGGCCGAAUUUCUGUUCGGGGGUCGUCUGCCCAUUCAGCCGUUGCAAGCUGCUGUCGAGUUUUGGGGUUCUCCAUGUGCUUGCUCACUAAAAAAGCGCACGCCUCGCUCUCGUUCAGCACAGCCUCGAGUGAGUGAGUUCCUCUAUGGAAAAGACUGGCCUUGAUUCGAUCUGAAUAAUCACUUCAGCGAGCUCAUUCCUCAUGUCAGCCCCAAGAGGUCAAAUUUUCCUCAAAUGGGUCUUCUUGGCCUUUCUAUUAUGCUCGUGUUUUGGUAUCGGAAAGUGCGUGCAAUCCUGCCACCCGGGUGAUCUCUCUGCACUCAGGGAAAUCGCAGGGAAUCUCACUGGGGGUUCUAUCAUCACUUCCUGGAGCAGCGACCACCUUUGCUGUCAGUGGGAUGGUGUCAUCUGCGACAAUGUAUCGAGUUCCAGCAGAGUCACCAAGCUGAUCAUUUCCAAAAACGGGCUCAGAGGCUCUAUUUCACGGUCUUUGGGCCGAUUGGACCAGCUGAGGUGGCUUGAUCUCUCCUACAAUCAUCUGAGAGGCGAAUUGCCCUUGGAACUCUCUUCUUUGAGGUUGUUAGAAGUUCUUGAUCUCAGCCACAACAUGCUCACUGGACCCGCUUGGGGAGCUCUCUCUGGCUUAAUUUCAAUCAAGUCGCUGAACAUCUCUAGCAAUGAGUUGACUGGAGAUUUAGUCAAGCUCGGGAAGUUCCCAAAUCUUGUCAUAUUCAACUUCAGCAACAAUUCCUUCUCUGGGCGGCUCAGCUCUAAUGCCUGCAGUUUGUCCAAUGGCAUUCGCAUCCUCGAUUUGUCAAAGAACCAUUUUGCAGGUGGGCUUGAGUUCUUGGAGAACUGCAGCAGAUCUCUCCAGCAACUCUAUUUGGACUUCAAUGCUCUCUCGGGCCACCUUCCCGAUUCACUGUAUUCCGUUUCAACUCUUGAGCGGUUAUCAAUUUCUGCAAACAAUUUCUCUGGCCCAUUGAGUGAGAACCUGAGUAAGCUCUCUCGUCUAAAAGUUUUGGACAUGUGUGGAAAUCGAUUCUCUGGCCCAUUGCCAAAUGUCUUUGGUAAUCUUACCCGGCUAGAACAGUUAAUCAUCCACUCCAAUUCUUUCUCCGGUCCAUUGCCUUCGUCUUUGUCAAUGUGCUCGAACCUUCAAGUGCUUGAUCUUCGAAACAAUUCCUUGACAGGCCGCAUUGAUCUUAACUUCUCGGGAUUGCCCCGUUUGUAUACUCUCGAUCUUGCCACAAAUCACUUCAAUGGCCUACUCCCUGAAUCCUUGUCCAACUGUCGAGAGUUGAAAAUUUUAAGCCUAGCAAAGAAUGGGCUGACGGGCGAAAUUCCCGAGAGUUAUAAAAACCUCAGAUCCCUUUUGUUCCUCUCACUCUCAAAUAACAGCUUUGUCAAUCUAUCUGGGGCGUUAUCCGUGCUACAUAACUGUAACAAUCUCAGCACUCUUAUCCUCACCAUGAAUUUCCAUGGAGAGGAGAUCCCGAAAAAUGUUACUGGAUUCAACAGUCUGACGGUUUUAGCCCUUGGGAAAUGCGCUCUUAAGGGCCAACUCCCUAUUUGGUUGCUGAAUUGCCAAAAGUUGCAGGUUCUUGACUUGUCAUGGAACCACUUAGAUGGAGAUAUCCCUUCCUGGAUUGGUAAGAUGGAGAGCUUAUUCUACUUGGACUUCUCGAACAACUCAAUCACAGGAGAGAUCCCGAAGAGCUUAACAGAGUUGAAGAGCCUCAUUUACAUGAACUGCACUUCAUCAAAUCCCGCCAUUUCUGCAGGAAUUCCUCUUUAUGUGAAGAGGAAUCAGAGCGCCAGCAGCCUCCAAUACAACCAGAUCUCGAGUUUCCCUCCCUCGAUAUACCUCAGCAAUAACAGGAUCAACGGAAGUAUAUGGCCCGAGAUUGGUCGGUUGAAAGAGCUCCAUGUGCUGGAUAUUAGCAGGAACAACAUAACGGGGCCAAUACCAAGCUCGAUAUCCAACAUGGAGAACUUGGAAGUUUUGGACUUGUCUAAUAACAAUCUCGUUGGGCCAAUCCCGCCUUCAUUAAGUAGGCUCACUUUCUUGUCAAGGUUUAGUGUAGCCAAUAAUUACCUUCAGGGACCGAUUCCUACGGGAGGGCAGUUCUCGAGCUUUCCCAAUUCAAGCUUCGAGGGCAACCCAGGGCUUUGUGGUACAAUUGAUUCUCCAUGCAAUGUUGGUAUCACUGACGGCACAGGUGUGAAGCAUAGUAACUCGUCAGGCAGGCCUCGGGUCAAUAAGUUUGGCCGAGGCAAUAUUAUUGUCAUUACGAUCAGUCUUGGCCUUGGGUUUUCUUUCCUCUUAGCAGUCGUUCUGCUCAGAUUCUCAAGGAGGGAUGUGCAUGAUCAGAUGGAUGAGUUGAAUGAAGAGCUUGGGAGGCCCCACAGGUUGUCUGAAGUCCUUGAGUCAUCGAAGCUGGUUCUGUUUCAGAACUCUGACUGCAAAGAUCUAACCGUUGGAGAUUUAUUGAAAUCCACUAGCAACUUCAACCAAGCAAACAUUAUUGGCUGUGGUGGUUUCGGUUUAGUCUACAAAGCUAACCUCACAAACGGAACCAAGGCUGCGAUCAAGAGGCUCUCGGGGGACUGUGGGCAGGCAGAACGGGAAUUUCAGGCUGAGGUGGAAGCCCUCUCAAGAGCCCAACACAAGAAUCUCGUCUCUCUCCGAGGCUACUGCAGGCACGGGAAUGAGAGGCUUCUAAUAUAUUCCUACAUGGAGAAUGGGAGCUUAGACUAUUGGCUCCAUGAGAGCGAAGAGGGAAGCUCGAUCCUUAACUGGGACGUGAGGCAGAAGAUAGCCCAAGGAGCGGCACGUGGUCUGGCCUACUUGCACAAAGUUUGCGAGCCCAACAUCAUUCACCGGGAUGUAAAAUCGAGCAACAUUCUAUUGGACGAGAAGUUUGAGGCUCACUUGGCUGAUUUUGGUCUGUCGAGGCUUCUCCGGCCCUAUGAUACUCAUGUAACUACGGAUUUGGUUGGAACUCUAGGCUACAUCCCUCCGGAAUACAGCCAGACAUUGACAGCCACUUUCAGGGGAGAUGUCUACAGCUUUGGGGUCGUCCUCCUGGAGCUGCUGACGCGGAGGAGGCCCGUGGAGGUCUGCAAGGGGAAGAACUGCCGGGAUUUGGUAUCGUGGGUGUUCCAGAUGAGGUCAGAGAAAAAGGAGGAGGAGGUUAUCGACCCCUCAAUUUGGGAAAACAAAGACCACGAGAAACAGGUCUUGGAAGUUCUCAGUAUUGCCUGUAACUGCACCAACCAGGAUCCAAGGAGGCGGCCGGGGAUCGAGCAGGUUGUAUCCUGGCUCGAAGGGGUCGGGCUCGAGGGCUUCCAGCAAAGUUGAACUUCUUGAUGUAUUUUAAUGUUCCCCUCUCUCUCUCUCCAUAUCUAUGGAGAGAGUUAUCAUUGUAAAGCUGUUCGAGUUUUUUGUCUCAGUUGAUGUAAUACUGAUGGGGGUAAUGGGAAGAGUAUAGAAGUGUCAUUUUGACUUCAGUUGUUAUAUAGUGCUUUAAAUCUUUUGUUGCAAUGUAUAAUUGUAGGGGUUUUAGUCUUUUAUAUUAUUAUUCUUAAAUGAAUGAAUAAAUAUUUUUAUUAA